AUAAGGUGUUUACGUUUUAUCUUCUCCAGCCUAAACUAACGUGUGUUUAAACACGGGACUCUAUUAAGAAGCGCUCUCACUUGUGCGCGCUUUGGCUCCAUAGCUUUCCCUUUCCCUACGGCUUUCCCUUCAUUGCCGCAGCGUAAUUGAGCAAACGGUCCCUAGCGCGUGCGUGACACUUUCGCCGUCUACCCUCCGCUACUCUCCGCAGCAUUUCGUCAUUUCUGCCUUAGUUUCUGCUCACUCCUUCGCCAUCCUCCUCGUCACUUUCAUGCUCGACUUCGGUGAGGUUGGUUGGGCGUGCGUCGGUGGUUGAAGCGCAUUACCGCGACGGUGUUGGCAGCGUCAGCGCUACGUGGCUUUAAUGAGACCCCUUCAGGUUGUCGUUAGCGACUAUAAGUAGCACAGGAGCAGUACAAUGGACGGCAGCGGUGAUGGACCGCCUCUAGGCAGAGCUAGGGGCCGCUCUCGCGGGCGACUGCAAGCCACGGCACCGCAGCCUCCUGCAACAAGCGUGUUCUCGCGGCCUUCACCUACGCCGACGCUGCUGUCCCCGAUGUCGACCAUGACUGACGUCAGCAGCCUCACAGCAUCCGUGGAUAGGAUGACCAUCACGGGAGCGGCGCAGGAUGUAGCGAACUUCACGGGCAUGACUAGUCCACAGGCCCAGGCGGCUGCCUCCCAGGCGGGCCAUGGCACCCAGUGCAGCCAGCGCAACGAGUUGGCCAUUCUUGCCACGCGGCCCCAGCACUUGACCGACAAGUGCGGCAACACGGGUAACCCCGUCCAGCUGCUGGCCAACUACUUCCGGCUGGUGUCACUGCCCCAGUGGUGCGUGCACCAGUACCACGUCGACUUCCUGCCACUGGUCGAGUCAAGCCGCGUGCGGCGCACCCUGAUAAACGAUUUCCGCGAGCGAUUCGGCCGCUGCUUCGUGUUCGACGGCAUGUCGGACCUUAAGACGCCCACGCUGCUCAGGCCCGACCCGCUGGAGCUGCAGGCCUAUCGGCCCACUGACGGCGCGCCUAUCAUGAUCCGCAUCAAGUGGGCCCAGCAGCUGGCGCCCAACAACCCCGAGGUGCUGCGACUGCUUAACACGCAGAUGCGCCGGAACCUCGAGCACCUGGGCUUCGUGCAGAUAAACCGGCACUUCUUUGACAAGCGGGCAGUGUCUGCCAUCCCACAGCACGGGCUCGAGCUUUGGCAGGGACUGGUCACCGCGAUCGGGCAGCAUGAGACUGGCGUCAUGAUGGUCACGGACACGUUGCACAAGGUGCUCCGACGAGACAGUGUGCUCGACCUUCUGUCUCACCUGUCACACUUGCCAGACUACAGGAACGAGGCUAUGAGGCGCGUGGCCGGCUGCAUCGUGAUGACCCCGUACAACAACAAGACGUACCGUGUCGACGACAUUGACUGGGACAAAUGUCCACUCAGCACAUUCGAGACCAAGGAAGGGACGAAGACGUACAUGGACUACUACCAGGAACAAUACGAGAAGCGUAUUUCUGACGGGAGGCAGCCACUGCUAGUGUGCCGUCCUAAGGAGAAGGACCUGCGCGCUGGCAGGAACGACAACAUCUACCUCAUACCCGAGCUGUGCGUGCUCACCGGACUCACCGACGAGAUGCGGGCCAACGUGUCCGUGAUGCGUGACUUGGCCCAGCACACGCGCAUCGAGCCAUCAAAGCGCAUCCGCAAUCUGCUCGAGUUCAUCGGCCGCAUCAACGGCGAAGAGGCGAUCCGCCGGGAGAUGGACGAGUGGGGCCUCAAGUUUGACGAUGCACUGGUCAAUGUUAAGGGCCGCGUGCUGCCGGUCGAGCGUGUGAGGCAGGGCGACCGCAGUCACGGCUACAACUCUCAGACGGCCGAUUUCUCGCGUGAGACGCGCGACCAGCGCUUGCACGUGGCGGUCAACAUCGAGUCGUGGCUGGUGGUAUGCCCCCGGCGGGUGGAGAACGACACCACCGAGUUCGUGCGCACCUUGCUGAGCGUGAGCCCACCGAUGGGGCUGGGCUUGGGCCAGCCGCAGAUGCUGCAGCUGGACGACGACCGAGCGGGCAACUACGUGCGCGCCCUGCACGAGGUCGGGAGCGGCGGGAACCUCCAGCUCGCCAUCGUGGUGCUGCCCAACAACCGCAAGGACCGCUACGACAUGAUCAAGAAGCAGGCCUGCGUCGAUCUCGGACUCCACACCCAGGUGAUCCUGGCACGAACAAUCAGCAACCGCCGUAAUAUGCGCUCGGUGGCCACCAAGGUGGCCAUUCAGCUGAACUGCAAGCUCGGUGGCGAAGCAUGGUGCCUGGACAUCCCUCUGGUCAACACCAUGGUGGUUGGCUAUGACACAUACCACGAUUCGAGCUCACGCAGGCUCUCGGCCGGUGCCUUCGUGGCCAGCAUGAACCGCUUGCUGACACGCUGGUACUCUCGGGUUGCCUUCCACGCCACGCACCAGGAGCUGGGCAGCUCUCUGGGCCUUCUGCUGCAGGAUGCACUGCACAAGUACAUGCAGGUGAACUCUGGCUCAGCACCAGACAGGAUCAUCUUCUUCAGGGACGGGGUCUCUGACGGCCAGAUACCACAGGUGCGGGAGUGGGAAAUCGAACAGAUUGUCAGCUCACUGGAUGCGCUCUUCCCGGGCGUGGACCACAAGCUAGCCUUCGUGGUGGUCACCAAGCGCAUCAGCACGCGCUUCUUCUCGCACCUGCCGAGCGGGGGUUACGGCAACCCUUCGCCUGGCACCGUAGUCGACACCGAGGUGACGCGCCCUGAGCGCUACGACUACUUCCUGGUGUCGCAGAGCGUCCGCCAGGGCACCGUGGCCCCGACCCACUACAACGUCAUCUACGACACGACGGGCCUCAAGCCGGACCACAUGCAGCGGCUGUCGUACAAGUUGACCCACCUGUACUUCAACUGGCCCGGCACCAUCCGAGUGCCGGCCCCGUGCCAGUACGCGCACAAGCUGGCCUUCCUGGCCGGCCAGUCGCUACAUGCCGAGCAUAGCCCUCGCCUGGCGUCCAGCCUGUUCUACCUGUAGCGGGCUCCGACCGCUCCCCGAGACGACUGCUCCCCGAGUGAAGUCAUGUCGAGAUGGAUGGACGGACUCACACUUUAUUUGUAUUUUUUUAAAGCAAGCAUUCCAUUUUUUUCUUUUUUCUUGUGCACAGGAUUUACUAUAAUUGAGCUAAGUUAUUGUUAGAUGCUUUAACGACUCUGUUCUAUGUUCAGUACAAACUUCAUUUCACAGCAGCUUAGUUCUUACCAGAUUUAAUAAAUACUAUCUUCAUCUUUUUCAUGUAGUGGGUUCAUCUUUUUUUUUAAAGCAGUUAAAAACUAUUUGUCUUUCCGAAUUUACAAAAACAUUUUGCAUGAAUGCAUUAAAUGGAAUGUGUAUGCAUUGUUCUGCUCUUGUUUUGGGUGUUUUUAAGUAAACACUUUUCGUGAGGGCGAGAUCAAAUUAUUUAAGGGCUAGGGUACUUUUGUUACACGUGUGAAUCAUGUGUGAAAGCUUUGAGUACCAUCUAUGUAAGAGUAAAGUCAAUGUGGGGACUUUGCCAACCGUCCAUUCAUCUUGCCUGGAUUUUUACAUUGUUUUGUGCAUUUUCAUUCAAUUUUGUGUUUUUUUUUUUGGGGGGGGGGGGGGCGUGUGUUUAUCAUGCCUGGUAUAAAAGUUGCUCUUCUUUAAGGGAAGAAGUGAAGUCUCCUAAUGCAGUCAUUUGCGGCACCAUCAAGUUUUAAGAGAGGCCGUUAUGUUGUGAUAUGAAAAAUUUUUCAUCAGGUAUUACUGCGUGGUGGUAUUUUAUUGUAUAGUCCAGUUACAAGGUUAUUAUUUUAAUUAUUUGCUCUCAUAGUAAAAAAGUCUUUAUGAUUGUCUUGUUUUGGCACAUUCUUUCUUUUUCUCACAUGUACCUGUUCUAAACAAGCAAAAUAAAAAGAGAAGUGUAGCAAAUGGACAGCACUGGUGUAAAAAAAAAAAGGGAAAAAAUGUCCAGGCAGAAGGAUGUCAAUAUAUAUGUAUAUAUAUCCUCCAAAUCUGGGAAUAAACUAAAUAUAAUGGAGGGUUAUUUCAUCAUGUUUACCUGUUUAAGUAAACUACAGGAAAAAAACCAAAGAAGAACAUUUUUUCUCAUCCAUAUGCACAUACAGUGGAAGGGUUUAUGAAAUGUUUUUCUGUAAAUGUGAUGUUUGUCAGUUAUUUUGCUUUGGUUUGCUGUGAUAUUUGAAAAUUACAUGAAUAAAAUAGUUUGUAUUUAGUU